UUCUCUCUCACUCUCAUUUUCCCAACAAGAAGAGCACUCUCAAUUCAAGUUUAGUAGAAAUUACAAGCAACAGAGAAUUUAAGGAAAUGAGCUCAGGCAGCUUUCUUCUGUUUGAGAAUUUUGACUUUGAGAACAACAGUUCCUUUCAAGCAGGGUGGAAAGCAAUAUCUAAAGUUGUUGAUCCUACCAAGUUGGAAUCAGAGUUGUUACGAGCAAAGGCAUUUUUCUUCUCAAAGCAUGUGUGUCAAUUCGACUUUGACAAAUAUUUGCUGUGGAAGGAAUCAAAGCCCAAGCGAAAUCAGACAUCAGAAGGCCAGGCCAGUUCUGCAGAGCCGCCUCGAGCAGACUGUGAUGUUGUUCAGUCCACAAGAAGACAGGUAGACAAAGUCAUUGAGAGCAAGUCUCUUUUUGAAAAGGAAGAUAUUGCCCAGCCAAAUUUGUGUGUUUCUGAAGGUGAAUGCUCUUUGGACAAAACAGACGGACACAGUUUAGUCGAUGGCAUUAGAGAUGGAACUAAAGAUGAAGGAAAUCUUGUGUCAGAGUCUGUCACUGGUCGUACUGACGUGGACAAUGUGAAAUCUGAAGUUGAUGAGACAGUGACAGGAGACGAGAACGAGGAGCAAAAGGAACUUAGCCUGGCAGAGCUUGCUGAGAUGAUUCAGAACAACGUCCCUAUCCCCGGGGUUGUUGCUGUAGACGUGCAGCCGACCAAUUCGGAGCCAACGCCCUCGGUGAUGGCAAGGAAGUUGAAGCCCUGGGAAGUUGGUGUCACUUCUAGUGAGGGUGAUGACAGUGUGCAGAGGCUGUCCAGCCUGAGCCUUUCAAGUGAUAGAUGAUAUUGUCUGUUUAUGGCUCUUCUCACGUUUUUGUCUUUCACUUUCAGACGUGUAUGGGCCGAAGGGCUAGAACCCAGAUGGCUGCUGGAUCAGAUAAGUGAAGUAAAGUUUAAGUCUUUCAGACUGAGGUGUUGGAUGUGAAGAAGACUGUGUUUUUAUACAUUGUAUGAUAGUAUGAAAGUGUUGAAUAAUGUGUUCAGUACGCAAGAAGUUUGAAGUUCUUUUAUAAAGAAAAAGUCUUGAUCUUAAAUUUGUUUAGUACGGUUGAACCUGUCCAAGAGGACCACUUUAUGUUGAGGAGAAAAUUGGUCAUCUUAGACUUAGACUGGUGUCCUCUUGGACAGUGCCAUUAUAAUGUUGUAUAUAUAUUGAAAAAACGCAGGGGAGCAAGUGAGAAGUGGUCGUUUGUACAGUUGAACUGUUAGUUGAUAGAGUAGGUUUGACUGUACUUGUUGAGCUACUGAAUUUGGUACAUUUUAAUUUUUUUAUGUUUUAUUAAUGAGAAUUCUUGAGCUGCUGUUAUUAUUCUUACCCCCUUUAUCAGACUCACUUUUGUGAAUAGAUUUUAAGGGAUUUAGCAAUUUAGCUUGCUGAGGAAUCUGGCCGAAGUUGUUUGGAAAAGUGGGCAAAAUCAUAGGUUUAAGACCAUUUGCAACACUACUAGAUCUAUUAGAUUUUACUUAAGAGGCGGCAUCUCCAAACUUAAGGUCCACCUCCAAUAGGACUGAGCCAAAUGAGAAAAUUCACAAAAUAAGCAGGGAUGCCACUUUUCUGCUUUUUCCUGGUAUUUCCCGUAUUUUGAUCCUGAUCGGCCAUUCAGUUAUUGAGAUUGAGAUAGAAUCUAUUAUAGUUGAAAAUAACCCCCCCCCCCCAAAAAAAAACAAA